AUGACUUGCGACGAGUCUUCUAACAGCCUAAUACCUAUUAAAAGAGUCAGUUCAAAUGUAACUUGCGAAUCUCACGACAAAUUUUGGAAUUGUUUAGAUGAACUAGCAAAUGAAAAUAAUAGUCAAUGUCGCGAUCAGGAAAAAAACCCAAUUGCAAACGAGAUCGACUACUAUUUGAAGACAGUUCGAAUUGAUUGCAGCCGCGACCCUUACACUUGGUGGUCAGUUAACUCAAAACACUAUCCAUAUUUAACCAAGUUUGCCAAAGUGUACCUUUCAGCUCAUUGCAUCAGUGUUUAUAGCGAGAGACUGUUUUACGAAGCUGGCUUGGUGUACGAAAACAAGCAAGCAAACUCUGAAAAUUUGGUCUUUAUUCACCAUAAUUUACCACUUAUUAAUUUUGACUAA